AUGUCUGGAACAAGCCACAAGGAUGCAGCCACGAGCCACCUAAAAGUGUUUAUAAUAGACACGAAUAACCCUUAUGUUAAGAUAACUACCGAAAAUUACAUGCUUGUCAAAAAGACACUGAUGGGAAAGCUGAAAGCUUCCUGCAGCAAAACCAAGUUACCAACAUUCAGGCCUUGGAUGUACUUUUGUAAAAUUAUCAUUAUCAUUAACGUGCUAGGAUUACUUGACGUUGAAAUGGCUAAAAACCAUGAUACUAAUCUCAAAAACUGGAAAGAGAUAACAUUUGCCCUUGUGAGGGUGGACGAGUUCACCAAAAACACCAAGCUCGCCGAAGCAUACCUCUGGAUCAUAAGAGUAGCGCACAAGCAAAACCCCAACUCACAUGUGAAGAAGUGA